AUGGCGUCAAGUGCUGCAGGAUCAGAGAGCAAGCCUACAGACGAACCUCAUCUUGCAUUGGUUGAUGGUAAAAUUCCAUAUCACGAUGCUGUCGUUUCUUGGGAUUUGCCUGAAGUCAAGUUGCUAGGAGAGGACCAAUACGCGGAUUUCGACUUCCAAUCAGUCACUCAUGUGGUCCUACAAGUGUCAGAUGCUCGACAGCGCCAAGUGUUUGCACAAAUUGGGAUUAAGCAUGAUUAUAACUAUCCAUACCCGUUCUGGUUCUUCCUCGGGAAGAUGGUGUCGCAAGCCCUAUUUGAGAAAGAAACUUCGCUAGACAUAUUGAGCUUUACAAGGGUGAAUGACCGCGAAUUUGUCGGUUUCGAGAACAAAGAUUUUCACAAGGACAAUAGCAGUAAUGGUAUCAAAGUUAUUGAAGUGAAUCUCAAGAGGCCGCACCCCAAUGAACCCGUUGAGAUCUUUUGGAGGCCUGCAAGGGGCAUUAUUGUCCAAAGGCUUCGGGAAUGGCUACAGGAGGCCGCUCCUGCGCGGGCUCCCGCUCCUUGA